ACCUAAUAUUUUCUAACUCACCAUGGCAAAUAAUUAUAACCAUUUUGUUAAUUCCUUUGCAAUAAUAAUAAUAAUAAUAAUAUUUAUAAUUAGCGCGAUUUUCGUUCCGUUUUCUCUUGCUUCUAUUGUUUCAACAGGGAACUUCAACAAUGAUUUCUUCAUCUCAUGGGCUCCUACUCAUGUUAACACUUCGGCUGAUGGCACCACAAGAACCUUAAAACUUGAUCAAGAAUCAGGUUCUGCUUUCGAUUCGAACAACAUGUUCUUGUUCGGGCAAAUAGACAUGAAAAUUAAGCUAAUACCGGGUUAUUCAGCAGGCACCGUUGUAGCCUAUUAUCUUGCAUCUGAUUCACCAAAUCGAGAUGAGAUAGACUUGGAGUUCUUAGGAAAUGUUUCAGGGCAACCUUAUAUUCUUCAAACUAAUAUAUAUUCCGAUGGCUUCGGUGAUAGGGAAGAGAGAAUUUUUCUGUGGUUUGAUCCAUCAACAGACUUUCAUACGUAUUCUAUUCUUUGGAAUGUUUACCAAGUUGUGAUCAUGGUAGACUGGGUGCCUAUUAGGGUUUACAGAAACCAUGCAGAUAAAGGAGCGGGAUUCCCAAGAUCACAACCAAUGAGCAUAAAAACAAGCUUAUGGAACGGCGAAAAUUGGGCAACAAGAGGAGGGAAGGACAAGAUCGAUUGGUCGAAGGCGCCUUUCGUUGCUUCCUUCAAAAAUUACAAGAUUGAUGCAUGUGUUUGGAGAGGAAAUCCUAGGUUUUGCAAGGCAAUUAGCUCUACUAAUUGGUGGAACAAAGAGAGAUUUAACACAUUAAACUCUAAUCAAAGAAGAUUUUAUAAAUGGGUGAGGAAAUAUCACCUUAUUUAUGACUAUUGUCAAGAUAAUAAGAGAUUUCAAGGCAAUCUUCCUAAGGAGUGUUCCCUUCCCAAAUAUUGAUGAAUUUUCUUUAAAUUAGUUUGUCA